CGACGUCCGGCGGUUGCAAAUUUCCGUCCUCUUUCCAUGUACUACUUACUGGAUGCAGUAAAUAAAACCCCCAAAUACAAAAUUAAGACAAACCCUAGACAUUUUGAAUCGUAAAAACAGGAAAAGGAAUCGGAGAUGACGGCCACCAACGGCACCACCGCCAAUUCCUCUACUAAAAGCCCUAAAAAGGCUAAUCUCUUGGAUCAUCACUCCAUCAAACACUUACUCGAUGAAUCUGUAUCUGAGAUCGUGACAAGCCGUGGUUACAGUGAAGAUGUGAGGAUGAGUAAUGUUAGAUUGUUGAUUGGUGUGAUCAUUAUCGUUAUCGCCCUGUUUGCUCAGUUUUACAACAAGAAGUUCCCUGAUAAUAAAAAUUACCUCAUCGGGUGCAUCGUAUUGUAUGUAUUAUUCAACGGGAUAUUGCAGCUGAUCAUCUACACCAAGGAAAAGAAUGCAAUUUUGUUUACCUAUCCUCCUGCAGGGUCGGCUUACAACAGCACUGGCUUGAUGAUAUCUUCAAAGUUGCCCAGAUUCUCUGAUAUGUAUACACUUACAAUAGCCAGCGCUGAUCCCAAAUCUAUUUCUGCAAAGCCAACAGUGGAGUUCACCAAAAGUGUUACCAAAUGGUUCACAAAGGAUGGAGUGUUGGUGGAAGGUCUAUUCUGGAAAGAUGUUGAGGGGCUCGUAAACGAUUAUGCUAAAGAACAUAAGAAAAGUAAGUGAAUUUAAGCUUCAAACAUCAAGAAUGGUUGGUUAUAGGGAUAUUACUUGGGACAGAGAGUAGUGAUGGUGUUUUUACCAAUAGGGGUUGAUGUUUCUUGGUGUAUUAUACCUAAAGAUGAGUUUUGAACUUACCAUAUCAAUAUCAAGGACAAACUCAUUUGGACUUGAAUUGCAUGAAAUUUAGUAGUUGUUCUCUUAUGAA